AAGUGGCAGAGAAAAGAAAAAGAAAAAAGGAGUUUUGUUUUUAAUCGCGUUGAUGUGUUGUUGAUAUUUGCUUUCAUCGUGCGAUUUCCGGCGGGUGUGUAAAUACGGUGGGUGCUUACAUAAAAAAAGUACGACCGGGUUGUGCUGGUUAACGGAAGCGGACAUCUUCGAACCAGGCACGACGUGAACCUUCCGGCUGACCUUGAACUUAACUCACCCAUCCGUGUGUGUGUCGGUAUCAUUUAGAUCGCGAGCGUAGACAGAACGCACCUCACCCUCCGGUUAGCAAGGAUGGCCACGAUGGGACGCAAAUUGUUAAACAACCUGAAAAGCAAAGAGUUCCGGGAGUAUCUGAUGAGCACUCACUUCUGGGGCCCGGUAGCGAACUGGGGCAUCCCUAUUGCGGCGCUCGGUGAUCUGAAGAAAGAUCCUAAGAUUAUUUCCGGCACGAUGACUGGCGCUCUCUGUCUGUACUCGAUGGUUUUUAUGCGCUUCGCCUGGAAGGUGCAGCCGAGAAACUUGCUGCUUUUUGCGUGUCACAUUACUAACACUACCGCGCAAGCUUUGCAGGGCGCUCGGUUCAUCGAGUACCACCAUAUGGGUGGCAAGGAGCGGAUGGAGAAAGCGCAAGCUCAACCCGCAGCCUAAUGCGAACGCGCGAUGCAAUGCAAACAUACUAACGAACAUCACAACCGAACGCCACUCGAAUUGGGAAUGUGUGUGUUUGAAGGAAGGGAAAAGAGAGCGGAAGAGAAAGAGAAAGUGUGAUCGUUAAACGAAUCAAACCGAUAUUAGUCUUCUUGGGUGAAAGUGUGUAUGCAACAGUUAACAACAGCAAGUCCUUUACAGCAGCAAAACAAAAUGCACAAAAAAACAUAGAAUCUUUGAACAAACUGUUCAUCCUACGAUGCGAAACGCCAGCUAGUAGAGAUGGAAAGAUGCUACACUUAUGGUGCUAAAAUGGGGAGAACCAAUCUUACGGCACGAUCGGUAAGAUAGAAUAGAACACUAUACGGGAACAAUGGUACCUGGCGGGAAUAUAUAAAUAACCAAACGACAUAGGAAAUACAGGUAGAUAAGGGACAGGCCAGUAAGAGACGAUGACACUCCUUUACAACGGCUCUUAUGCGAACAAAAGUCACUGACUCUUGCUCAGUGGUGAGUAGAUGCUUUUUUAUAGAAUAGGUAAAUUUUUAGACACAUUUUGCAAGCAACUUUUACGCACGCAACACAUUUUUAGGCGCACGUUUAACGUUUACAAUCGAAUAAUGUUCGUACGGUAGUAACUAAUUAGUACAGCAAGCAAAGCCGGUAGUAGUCUGUAGUGGCAAUAGUAGUUCGAAAUUGGCACCACCUUAAUCUGAUAGGACGGCGAAAUCAGCUUCCCUAACAAUCUUCCCCUACCAAAACCCGCACACCUUUUACCUUAUUGCCUGUAGCUUUCCGUUUCCCGUUCAAGAGGGCGAAAUGCGCGAUAAAAGACAGAUCUUUCAACACCUCCCCAGAAAGUAAACCAUUUUUCUUCCAUACGAAAGUGUAUCCUCUAGAGAAAGAUUGGCAGGAAUUGGCGUUUAAAAACAAAAGCAACUACUAAGCAGAAGGCUGCUGUGGUGUAAACAUGCUAGUGCAGGACUUAGUUUUCUCAAGGAUUUAACAAACAGACAAAAACUGUGGAAUAAUGUGUUCUAUUUUGAGUAGAAGUUGUGUUUUACCAGUGAACCUGUAAGGUGAAUUUUUAUACCAUGUAAAGCGAUAAAGAAGAUCGAGAGAUCGAGAGCGAGAGAUUCUGUUUAUUUGUUGACAAUAAAGCUCUGAAGUAUGUGCAGUCCGA